AUGAGGGGCACUCGCCCUGGGCAGGAGCAGGUUGUUAGGUGUCGGAAGCCUGGCGGGUCUGUCAUGUUCAUGGCCCAGGUCACGGCUGGCAGGAAGGGAAGGCGAGUGCUGGGGCCAAGUCCAUCUGCCCACUUGUUAAUUGGGGUCAAGAGGCCCGCCCCAGAGACCGUGCAGGAGCUGGCUGACGGGUUCACUUACGCCUUCAACCGGUACCAGACAGGAGGGCACCAGGCCAGGAAGCCCUUCCAGAGCCGGUCUGAGAGCUCCAGCGAGGACAUCCUUGAGGUGCUGGCCCGUGGGCCCAACUACACCACCUACCAGGUCAGGGUGCAGGUGCACCGGGCCAACGACGCCGGCCAGUGCCAGUCUGAGUGUGCAGCCGAGUUAACUCUUAACCUCCGUGAGGCCUGCAGGAUGCGUGCCCUCCAGGAAGGCACACUGGAGAAGAUGGUGGUGUCCAUGGUACCAGCUUUCCCACAUGGAAAAAUUCCCCACAUCUCCACCUUCAUGUCCACCCACCAGGCCUUCUCCAGAGCCCAGCUGUUCCUGGACCCGCUGUUAACUAGAUCUGAUGCCAUCCAGGUGUUCUCUACAUCUGGAAAUAUGCAGCCAUAUAACGACCAGGGUGACACACCCCAGGACCAAUUGAAAAAGGCCGUAGCUUCUGUGAUGGGAGCCUGGCCGGACCAGGUGCAGGGUAUCGGCCCACCACUAUGCUUCCCCGGGUGCGAGGUGCAGCAGGCCUUGGUGCAAGUCAGCGUUCUUGCCUCACACCAGGUGGGCUAUGCCCACGUUUUCUGUGUCAAGCUGAAGCAUCUAAAACCCACGAAGGCAAAGCCAGCAGUUCCAUCCCUCACCAAAGAAGCCAGUGAAAGGAUAAGAAGCUACUCAGAGUCCUUUGCUACAAAGAUUUGUAUUCGUGGUUACUUUCCUCUGGAAAGGACACAGAAUCCUACUUGGGAGACCUAA